UUUCAUCGGGACAAGAUCGUACGGUCUUUCUAAAAAAAGUUUGUUUUUGUGGAAAUUUCUUUUUAAAUUUUUAUUGUUUUAAAUUAAUUAUUUUUUGUCAACUUUACCUACAAAAAAACAAUAAAAAGCUUCUUCUGCUACUCUUCUAUUGUUUAUUAAACACUCCCGUGCUCUGUCAAUACCCAUAUCCGCCCACGUACCCCCAAAACGUAAAUAAAUUCAACGAAAAUGGCAAAAACACCGGCAAUCGGUAUCGAUCUCGGAACGACAUACUCUUGCGUUGGUUGCUGGCAACAUGGACGUGUCGAGAUUAUCGCAAACGAUCAAGGGAACCGCACGACUCCCAGUUAUGUCGCGUUCAAUGACACCGAACGCUUAAUUGGCGAUGCUGCUAAAAAUCAGGUUGCGCUGAACCCGAAAAAUACGGUUUUUGAUGCGAAACGAUUGAUUGGAAGACGUUUUGAUGAUCAAAAGAUUCAAGAGGAUAUCAAGCAUUGGCCUUUUACGGUUGUUAAUGAUGGAGGCAAGCCUAAAAUUCAGGUAGAGUUCAAGGGAGAGACGAAAAAAUUCGCUCCAGAAGAGAUUAGCUCAAUGGUUCUCGUGAAAAUGAAGGAAAUUGCCGAAGUUUAUUUGGGCGGCAAAAUUACGGAUGCUGUGAUCACUGUUCCCGCUUACUUCAACGACGGUCAACGCCAAGCCACGAAAGAUGCAGGAGCCAUCGCUGGUCUCAACGUUCUUCGUAUCAUCAACGAACCUACCGCUGCUGCCUUAGCUUAUGGCUUAGAUAAAAACCUCAAGGGCGACAAAAACGUCUUGAUUUUCGAUUUGGGCGGCGGUACCUUCGACGUCAGUAUCUUAGCGAUCGACGAAGGUUCCUUGUUCGAGGUCAAAUCGACAGCUGGCGACACUCAUUUAGGCGGCGAAGAUUUCGAUAAUCGCCUUGUCACCUAUUUCGUCGAUGAAUUCAAACGCAAGUUUAAGAAAGAUAUGAGCGGAAAUGCUCGUUCUUUGCGUCGUUUGAGAACUGCUUGCGAACGCGCAAAACGUACGUUGUCAAGUAGCACAGAAGCGAGCUUGGAAAUUGACGCCUUGUACGAAGGAGUUGAUUUUUACUCGAAAAUCACUCGGGCAAGGUUUGAAGAGUUGUGCAUGGAUUUAUUCCGAUCCACAAUGCAACCUGUUGAAAGAGCUUUGAAUGAUGCGAAACUCGAUAAGGCAUCAAUUCACGAUGUGGUUCUUGUUGGAGGUUCAACUCGUAUUCCAAAAGUUCAGAAAUUGUUGCAAGAUUUCUUCAAUGGAAAAUCUUUGAACCUUUCGAUCAAUCCAGAUGAAGCUGUGGCUUAUGGCGCUGCAGUUCAAGCCGCCAUUUUGAGCGGAGAUGGAAGCUCCAAGAUCCAAGAUGUGCUUUUGGUUGAUGUAGCUCCGUUAUCUUUGGGUAUCGAAACUGCCGGCGGGGUCUUUACAAAACUCGUCGAACGCAAUUCUCGAAUUCCCUGCAAGCAAAGUCAAAUGUUCACGACUUACAGCGACAAUCAGAACGCUGUUACCAUUCAAGUCUUUGAAGGUGAACGUGCCAUGACGAAAGACAACAAUUUACUCGGAACUUUUAAUCUUACGGGAAUUCCUCCUGCCCCGCGUGGCGUUCCCAAGAUCGAAGUCGCCUUCAACUUGAAUGCUGAUGGCAUCUUGAACGUAACAGCUCGCGAUACGAGCACCAAUAAAUCCGAAACAAUCACAAUUACGAACGACAAGGGACGCCUUUCCAAAGCUGAUAUCGAUAAAAUGUUGGCAGAAGCGGAAAAAUAUCGCGAAGAGGACGAGAAACAACGUGAAAAGGUCGCUGCCCGAAAUCAACUCGAAGGAUACAUUUUCAGUUGCAAACAAGCAGUUGAAGAUGUUCCUUCAGACAAGUUGAGUGACUCUGAUAAACAAGUUGUCAAGGACAAAUGUUCUGCUGAGAUGGCAUGGCUCGAUGCAAAUACCUUAGCAGAAAAGGAAGAAUACGAACAUCGCUUGAAGGAACUCCAAAAGGUCUGUUCGCCGAUCAUGAUGAAAUUGCAUCAAGCAGGCGGUGCUCAGAAAGAAGGUCCUCGAGUUGAGGAAGCCGAGUAAUUUUUUGCUUUUAAUUUGCCGUUAAAAAUCAAUUUAUCAAAUAUUUAUUAUUUUAUUCUGUACAUUCGAUACAGUGAACGCAGGAGCAUUUUAUAUUUAAUUAUUAUUACCGAAAAAAAAAAUAUUUUUGAUUAAUUUUUCAUUGAAAUAAAUUUCAUUA